CGUGCACUACCAGGGCGCCGCGCCGCCGCUGGUGCCGCACGCGCAUGCGCACGCCCCGCACGCCUUCUUGCGCUACGUGCGCGCGCCGCCUCGACGAGACAUGCGCUGUCAGUGGCUAGAUCCUGAACAGCCGCCGCCACGAAAGUUGUGUAACAAACUGUUCUCGAGCAUGCACGAGAUCGUGACGCAUCUGACAGUGGAGCAUGUCGGUGGGCCCGAGUGCACGACGCACGCGUGCUUCUGGCAGGGCUGCUCGCGAAACGGACGACCAUUCAAGGCGAAAUACAAAUUGGUGAAUCACAUCCGCGUGCACACAGGAGAGAAACCAUUCCCUUGCCCCUUCCCUGGAUGUGGGAAAGUAUUCGCCAGAUCAGAAAACCUCAAAAUACACAAACGAACACAUACUGGAGAGAAACCAUUCAAAUGCGAGUACGCUGGCUGCGACCGACGGUUUGCCAACUCUUCGGAUAGGAAGAAGCACUCCCACGUGCACACGUCAGACAAGCCGUACAACUGCCGCGUGCACGGCUGCGACAAGUCGUACACGCACCCGUCGUCGCUGCGCAAGCACAUGAAGGUGCACGGCGCGGCAGGCGACGCGUCCCCGCGGUACGACAGCGACGGAGACGACUCCUCGUCCGCGGGCAGCGUCAGCGUGACAGCGGGCGCCGCCAGCCCCGCCGCGCCGCCGCCGCCCGCGCCCGCGCCGCACCACCACCCACACCACCACCCCUCCAUCACCGACAAGCUGGAGAGCCUCAACGACAAAUACCUCAACCCGCACGACCAGAAGCCGUACGAGAGGCCCCCGGCGCCGCCCCACCACAACCAACCCCCGCAUCUCACUAAUAUUGGUGGGAACGGAGUGAUGGACAACAAACUAGGCUUCGGCGGGCACUGGACGCAGUUCCAGCAGCCCGCGCCGACGAUGCCGCACGGCGUGCCGGACUGGUGGUGCCCCACGCAGGAGUCCUACCACCAUCACCACUUGAUGCACCACUCUGGCGCUGCUGCCGCUUACUGACCGCACCGCGCUUAGCGAACUCUUCAUUCGACGAUUAGUUGAUAUGAGAAUUACUGAC